CCCAAAUACUUUGGGUCAAUCGAUGUACAGUUAUCGUGCCGACUGAGUUUCCACGUCUCGCCAAAAGAUGGCGCUUUACAUGCGUUCUGUAUUCACACUCGUUACUCCAUCUCAGGUCUCUUAUCCAGUUUCCCGCUCGCCACUGAGAGAAACACCACUUUGAGCGAGACCGGAAACGGUUUUAUCGAUAAAGUUGCGUUUUUGUUAAAUGCAAAACGCAAAAUUUUCACUAAUAGCUGUGUAGGUUUGGAUUUAAUAAAACAGAAGUUUGUCACGAUCUGCGUCUCACAGCGGAGACGUUGAUGAAUCCAGUGCACAGAAUUCAGACAUGUCUCCACGCGUUUCUUCGAAGGGAGGACAUACAAAUAGUGGUCUGAAUCAGCAUUAUGAAGAAAAGGUCCGUCCAUGUAUCGACCUAGUGGACUCUCUCAGGUCACUGGGUGUUGAAAAAGACCUGAACCUGCCAGCUAUUGCUGUCAUAGGUGACCAGAGCUCAGGAAAGAGUUCUGUAUUGGAAGCCCUGUCUGGAGUGGCCCUGCCUAGAGGAACAGGUAUUGUGACACGAUGUCCUCUGGUACUGAAACUGAAGAAGGUAACAAAGGACGCUACUUGGCAUGGAUCGCUCUCAUAUAAGGAUCAGAUAAAAGAACUAAAGGACCCGACAGAAAUAGAGAAUGCUGUCUUAAAUGCUCAGAUAGUAUUGGCUGGAAAGGGUGAAGGGAUCAGUCAUGAGAUGAUCACUCUGGAGAUCCAGUCUAGUGAUGUUCCUGACCUCACUCUCAUCGACCUGCCAGGCAUUGCCAGAGUUGCCACUGGAAACCAGCCAAAAGACAUAGAGAAGCAAAUAAAAGAUCUCAUUGAAAAGUUCAUUAAAAGACAAGAGACCAUCAGCUUGGUUGUGGUGCCUGCAAACAUUGAUAUCGCCACCACUGAGGCUCUGCAGAUGGCCUUCAAAGUCGAUUCAACUGGACAAAGGACCCUGGGUAUUCUGACUAAGCCAGACUUGGUGGACAAAGGCAUGGAGGAGACGGUGCUCAGAACGGUCAAUAAUCAAAUAAUACAGCUGAAGAAGGGCUACAUGAUUGUUAAGUGCAGAGGCCAGCAAGACAUCAAUGAGAAGCUUGAUCUGGUCAAAGCUCUGGAAAAGGAAAGACGUUUUUUUGAUGAACAUUCUUAUUUCAGAUCUCUUCUAGAGGAAGGAAAAGCUACAAUACCCUUUCUUGCAGAAAGACUCACAAAAGAAUUGGUUGAACACAUUACUAAAACGCUGCCACAGUUGCAGAAACAACUUGAGAUGAAAUUAGACAAGACGUCUGAGGAUUUCAGAGCACUGGGAGAUGGAGUUCCUGUAGAUGAACAGGAGAAGAGCAAUUUUCUGAUUACAAAAAUUCGCCAGUUCAAUGAUGCCCUUGAAGGAGUGAAGAGAGCAGAAGAGGAUCUAAGAAACUCAAAGAUGAGGGUGUUCACCAAAAUCAGAGAGGAAUUUGCUAAAUGGAAGUGCGUUCUGGAUGACAAAACCAUAAAGACGGAGGAAAUCUUCAGAGAUGAGGUGGAGGAGUAUGUUAGGACUCGCAGAGGAAAGGAGCUUCCUGGAUUUGUGAACUAUAGAACCUUCGAGAACAUUGUCAAGAAGCACAUUGAGGAGCUAGAGGAGCCUGCUUUAAAGAUGCUCAAAAGUGUCACAGACAUUGUUCAUUCCUGUGUAAACUGCAUCGUUAGCUCUCAUUUCAAGGCCUUCGCUCACCUGCUGAGAGCUGCUAAAGAACCACUCGAAGAUCUUCUUGAUGAUCAUUUUCAGAGAGCUGAGGAGAAAAUAUGUUCACAGUUUAGGAUGGAGAGGAUUGUCUAUUCCCAAGACCGUCUCUACAGCAGCCAGCUUGAAACUGUAAAACAAAAACAAAGCCUAACAGUUCUUGGCCAAAAGGCGUUCGUGAGUGCAGAUGUACGCGAGAUGGCGCAGCAUCUCACUGCCUAUUUCAAGAUUACCUCUGACCGGCUGGCUAACCAAAUUCCACUGAUUGUCCAGUACCACAUGCUGGACCAGUACAUCUCACAGCUUCAGAAUGCAAUGCUUGGCAUGAUUGGAAGGAACAACCCAGGAAUCCUGCUCCAAGAAGACAGUGCUGUUGAACGUAAAAGGAAAGAACUGAAAGAGAGACUGGGACGCCUGAGGAGUGCAGGGAAAGUCCUGUCCAAGUUUGUGCAUUCUGCAUAAUUGCUAAGCUUCUGAUGUUGCUCUACUAAUCCCAGAAGCUUAGUUCAUGCAAUGGGGUGUCAGAGUUUAGUUUUCACAUGUUUGGCUAGUUUACCAGCAGAAGUUAAAGUGGUGUAGGUGGAAAUUCCCAACUAAUAUGUCUUGUCCUGGAAACUGUCCUGCAGUUUGUUUUACACUCAUAAGUAAUAUAUCUCCUGAUUGUUCAUUUAGUGUUCCCUGAUUUAAUAUUAAUGUAAGAGCCACAUAAAACUAGUAAUAACAUAAAUCAAUAAUUUAAUCCAGUCAAGUCCAGUUCAGUCCAGUUCUACUUUAAAUAGAGAAAAAGUCACAUUUGUUUGAAUAUAGAUAUCACAUUUUCAUGUAAGACAUCUAUAUGUAAGAACGCAUUGGUUCAGGGAAGUGUUGAGUGUUGAGUUGAAAGUUCUCUAGUCAUAGUUGUCCUUUAAAAUAAAAAUGUUUAACUGUGAAAGGUUGUUAUGGUAGUGAUUAAAUAUGACAAAUUAAUG